ACGUUCGCAUUUGACAUAAGCAAAGUCAUCGUCGCCGCUUGGUUUGGAUUUUGCUUGCAACGUUACUGUUGGUGUUAUUUCGGUAGCUUUCAUCUAAAUCCUUUUCACAGAAUGUUCAGAAACCAGUAUGACAGUGAUGUCACAGUAUGGAGCCCUCAGGGGAGACUUCACCAGGUCGAAUAUGCCAUGGAGGCUGUCAAACUCGGAUCAGCGACAAUUGGUUUGAAGAACAAAGAGUAUGCCGUUCUUAUUGCUCUGAAAAGGGCAGUGAGUGAGUUAUCAGCUUACCAGAAAAAGAUCAUACCUAUUGAUGACCAUAUUGGCAUUUCUAUAUCUGGACUUACCGCUGAUGCAAGGAUGUUGAGCCGUUUCAUGCGUACGGAAUGUUUAAACCACCGUUAUGCUCACGACGCGCCAAUGCCAGUCGGACGUCUCAUCGCUCUAGUGGGUAACAAAAUGCAGAUCUGCACUCAGAGAUACGACAAACGUCCACUCGGUGUUGGGCUCCUGGUAGCGGGAUAUGAUGACCAAGGUCCCCACAUCUACCAGACGUGCCCCUCAGCGAACUACUUCGACUGCCGCGCGAUGGCGAUCGGAGCGCGUUCCCAAUCAGCCCGCACAUACCUGGAGAAGCAUUUGACCACUUUCAUAGACUGUGAUCUCCAAGAAUUGGUCGCUCACGGCCUUAGGGCUUUGAGAGACACGUUGCCUAAUGAAGUGGACCUCAAUAAUAAGAAUGUAUCAAUAGCCAUCGUGGGUCCGAAGACACCUUUACGCAUUUGCGAGGAAGAGGAGCUGUCCCGUUUCCUGGCUCUGGUGGAGGGUGAGGAGCGCAGGGGCGGCGCCAGUGCCACGGGAGACGCGGGCGCGGCCCCCCCGCGCGACGAGGGGGACGACAGGGACCCCCAAAGUGGCCGUAAGUAG